AUGAGUCCAAGAUUCCUGACCGAAGUACUAAUCGGAAUAGCCGUACCAUCAAAGAGAACUGGCGUAUCAAUCAAAGUACUUGAAGCUUCGUUUGAAUUGUCGCUACUCAUCGCAAAGGCCAAAAAAAGCCACACUGUCGGAGAAACUCUCAUCAAACCCUCCUUGUUGAAAGCAGCUGAUAUUGUACUGGGAUCAGAAAGUUGUAACUUGAGUCUGAAUGAGUAUUGUACGGACGUUACUGAGAGUCCUAGCGGAUUUCACUUAAGUGGAGUGAAAUCCUUGGUGGGCGAGGGGGAUAUUAAACAAAAACUUUCACAAAUAUCUCUUUCUGACAACACUGUCAAACGUCGCAUUGAUGAUAUGGCUGAAGAUAUUAAAAAUCAAGUAGUGGAGGCCGUGAAAGCGUCAACUUUUUUUGCAAUACAGUUGGACGAGAGUACGGAUGUUGCACAAUGUUGGCAACUGAUAGUUUUCGUGCGAUACAUACAAAACGAAACAAUUAAAGAUGAGUUGUUGUUUUCUAAAGAGUUAACGACAACUUCGAAAGCGAGUGAUAUAAUGACAGCAAUCUCAGAAUUCUUUAAGAGACAUGAAUUGUCAUGGACAAAGUUGAUAGGCGUAUGCACAGACGGCGCUCCGGCAAUGCUUGGAUCUCGCUCAGGAUUCGUACAAAAACCAUGGGUUCAAGUAGUAUUUGCUUAUCUAUCAGAUGUGUUUGAUUCAAUGAACUCAUUGAACUUGAAAUUACAAGGUGGAGAUUCGAACAUAAUCUAUCAUCGGGAUGCCAUCACGGCAUACAUUGAGAAGUUGCAACUCUGGAAACGCAAAAUUUUGGCAUGCAAUUAUUCCUGCUUUCCUAAAUUAUUUUUGAUCAUAGAAGAAGUGCGCUUUAAGGAAGUUUUGGAUGAAACUGAUACCACGAAUAAAAUAUCAAACCAUUUGCAGCAGCUCACUGAGGAAUUUCAGCGCUAUUUUCCGAACUCAUGCGAUAAUAACAUUUAUCGAUUGGCGACCGAUCCUUUACACGUCGAUAUAGACGCGUUGCCCGAUAUGUUCCAAGAACAGGCUUUGGAAAUUAAAAAUGAUUCUGCUGCCAAAUAUGAUUUUGAGAAAAUGGAUAAGGCACUAUUUUGGGUAAAGUAUCUCAAAGUUUAUCCCAGCAUAGCAGAGGAAGCACUAAAAUUGUUUUUACCUUUUUCGAGCACAUAUUUGUGCGAAAAAGCGUUUUCGACAGUGGUAGUAAUUAAAACAAAAUACAGAAGCAAAUUAGAUAUUGCAAGUGACCUACGUUGUGCGCUUUCCUCAAUAGAACCCAGGAUUGGAAAACUUGUCAAAAAUAUGCAAGCUCAUCCAUCUCAUUGA